GUUUCAGAAUACAAAAUGGUCGAUGGAAAGGAUAAGGCGAAGAAUCCCAUGAGGGACCUGAAGAUCAGGAAGCUGUGCAUGAAUAUUUGUGUUGGAGAGAGCGGAGAUAGGCUUACCAGGGCCGGAAAGGUUCUUGAAUCUUUGACUGGACAGAGUCCCGUCUUCUCCAAGGCUCGUUACACCGUCAGAUCUUUCGGUAUCAGACGUAACGAGAAGAUUGCCGUUCACUGCACUGUCAGGGGGCCCAAGGCUGAGGAGAUCCUUGAGCGUGGAUUCAAGGUCAAGGAGUACGAAUUGAGGAAGGAAAACUUCUCCGACAACGGAAACUUCGGGUUCGGUAUCCAGGAGCAUAUCGAUCUGGGAAUUAAGUACGAUCCCAGCAUCGGAAUCUACGGAAUGGAUUUCUACGUUGUUCUUGGCAGACCAGGCAUGAACGUUAUGCACAGGAGACGUAAGGUUGGCACAGUUGGACGUCAGCAUAAGCUGACCAAGGAGGACGCCAUGAAGUGGUUCCAGACGAAGUACGACGGUGUUAUUCUCUCCACCAAGAAGCAGUAGAUCACCCAUGCGAACACUCCACGCCACCAUCUUGUACACGCAUGUUUGUUCGUAUACUGAAAUAAAUUCCUUACAUCCAGGA